GCUUCUCUCCUCCAGAAAUCGCCAAAGAAGAAAACUGAUUUAUACUCAACCAACUACGACAAUCGAUUGACAAGGUGCUCGAAGCCUCUGGUCACUCGGCAGAUAUUCUAUCAACCAUCAAACAACAAGGUAACGUACGUAUUGACUAGCUGAUCGUCUCCGUUUUGGAACGAUACCGGCUUCAGUGUGUAUACCCAACACGCGACACACGUUUUUGUUUAGGCCGGCAAUGGCUGACAGCGAUUACGUUGAAGAUUUCCCUCAGCGGGCGGUGUUAAGCCUCACUGGCGUUCUCUCCCUCUCACCGCAAUAUGGCGUCACAAGCCCGUCCGAGGCAUGGCUGGACAAGCAAAAGAAACUGGUGGAGCAGCUGCCCAAAUGCUGCCUCCGACCUCCCAGCGACGUCAUGAGCCCCAUCAAACUCCUGACCAGGGGCCUGAUGAAAGUGUCGGAGAAGCACGCGCUGCCUUUCGUCCCUAGCGCCGCGGUGCUGUGCUCGGCACAUAAGGCCCUGAACCCGUGGCGGAUCCGGAGCCUCUUCCUCCUCGUGGCUUGCGAGGUGGGCAUCCGGAGCGACCGUAUCCGCCGAUUUCGAGGGUUCGAGGACGGCAUCCCGCUCUCGCAAGAGGUGCAGGACUUUGUCUACCGCAUGACCUCGGUGGCGAGCCUGUGGAUAGCUCCGGGGGACUUCAAGCGCCGUUUCGGAUACCCCCCGCCGCAGGAGCUUCCGCGCCUCGCGUCCGGCUGCGAGGCGUGCAUGUUGGCCAUCGUGGGGGCGAGGGCGCAGCUGCUCGUCGACCUCCGCGCCAACAUGCUCUCCCGCCGACGACAACACCGGAGCCACCGGGAACCCGCGCUCCUGCGCUUCGUCGACGCCUGGACCGAGUGGUUCGGCAACAGUGCCGAGCUGCUGGUGGCCGAGAGCGAGAGGCUGGGGAACGAGCUGCGGGGGAUUCGGAAGGAGAUUGGUCGCCGGCGUCACUUGAAGCGGAAACAGGCCCGCAAGGAGGGGAACCCUGUGCCGUAUAGCAAGUCGAGGAAGCCGGAGAAGAACGCACAGGGGUAUCCGAUGCCGAGCCCCUCGCGGCGGUCACGGCCGUCGCGGCCAGCGAGCCAUGGCGCGGAGCCUUCUGCUGAGAGGGAGGGAGAAUACAGGAGUUCUUCCCCUGUACACGAUACGCCCUACGCUAUGUCUGGCGGACUUGGCCCGGUUCCGACGCCGACCUCUGCCGCCACGACGGACAAAUACCAUUUCGAAGAAGACGAGGACGGUCGUGACGAGCAGGAUCCCCACUGGGCUGACGAUAUUGGGAGCUACUACUGGGACAACAACAACCCGGGCGCCCGGGCGAACUGGGGCCAAGCUGCUGCAGACGCCGUGCAUCCGGCUUUUCGCGUAGGUGCUGCGAAUGCGAACACUCAAGGAGGAGGAGGCGGCGGACCACGUCGGGGCUCUACCCCUGCCCUCUCUUCAACCGACAUGCCCCGGCCUAUUCCGUCCCCCGUCCCACACAGGGCCAGCAGGAGCAGCAUCGUCCGAGAGAAGCAGGCCGACCACGACCAAGACAAUGACGACGAUGCGUGGACCGAGCCAACGCUACACACCGCAGGCGGCCGUACGAACCUCGACCUCGCGCCGCCCAUCCCCGUCACCCCUAGCCUUGUGAACUUGACCCGCGACGCCACCGACGACUGGAAUGCUGCGUCGCCGUCCUCUGUGUAUUCGACCGACGGUCCUGCGCGUCCGCAUCCGCCGCCGGCCGAUACGUCGUCGUCGUCUCAGCAGAAGCAACAACGCCAGGGAGGAAAGCGGAAUAGCGCCUCCGCCUCCGCCUCCGCUGUGCCGUCGAGCCGGGUAACGUCGUUUGGUAUGUUCAUGCGGCAUCACGACGGCACGAAGCCCGUGGAAGACGACGCGAGGACGAUUCGACCGGAGGAUUCCAUCUCUACGGUUGGGACUCAGAAUAACCACCAUCAUGAUGAUGGCGGGUCGAGGAGGAGGGGAGGGAAGUUGGGAGGGUUGUAUCGGGAGGAUGGGGUGAUGAAGUGAGGACGAAGGGAAAAUUACAUGCUACGACGGCCAGAGACGAAAGGUUCACAAAUAUAAAUAAUAUAACAACAACAAAGCACGGAAUCGUGGUUCAUUUCAAUACAGAGGCGCCCGCCCAGAUAUGCCAGGUAGGAGGAUUCUCGAAGCGGACAAACG